CCAGUAAGGGUGAAGGGAGUCAGACUGGUAUAGGGUGGAGGGAGGCACCAAGGUCACAGAGUAAGUAAAGGGGGGGUGAGAAGAGUUAGAGGAGUGCGAGGAAUAGUCUUGUAUACAGUAUAUCCUAGAGUGGAGGCUGAGAGGGGGGAAGAGUGAGGAGGAGGGAGAGGUAAGGAGCAGAACUACAGGAGGUAAACAGCUCAGAACACAGAACAAGAAGACUCCUGAGCAGUGACCGGCCGUCAGGAUGAGCUCUGGAGCUCCACCAGGACUGCACUCCAGCCUGUCACAGACUAACCCCCAGAUGGAGUCUAAGGGCAGAAAGAAGAUCCAGUUUUCAGUGGCCGUGCCCCCCAGCCAAAUGGACCCCAGAGCGGUGGAGAUGAUCAGGAGGCGCAGACCUACCCCAGCCACCCUCUUCCGUGUCUCAGAUCAACAGUCUCCAGAGGAUGACCCUACAAUAUACCAGAAGCUGACAGGGGACGCCCAACCGCUAAAGAGAUCAAACCCAUGUGCCUAUAUCCCUCCAUCAAUGAAAGCUGUUCAGCGCCUAGUCCAGUCUCAUAUGCAGUCUCUUGAGACUUUUAAAGACAAUGAUGAUGACGAGGAUGACAUUGAAGAUGACACAGAUGACACUGAACCUGACACAGAAGAACCCACAUCUAAUGAACAAGAAGAGUGUGUGGGCCGUGGUGAUGAGGGAGCAUCCAGUAACAAUCUAGAAACCCUUCUGAACCAUACGGUGCUGGAGGACAGAGAAGACACGAUGGACACAGCCAACACACCGUCAGAUAAGGUGUGUGACAAGCACGUUGUACCUGCGGAACAUCCAUGAUUUUUCCAUGUCACAGCUGCCUUAUUUCUCUACAGACUGGAACCAAACGGCUGUCUCUGAAGUUAACGUGUCCUCUUCUUUUCCUCUAUCUUCUUGCAGCGUCCCAUCCAUCCACCUCAGAGAUCAGACCACCCUGUAUAUUUAUACCAUAUAGUCAGCUUUUGCAACAAUAAACUCUGUAACUCA